CCCCGUGUGUUUGGGUUCGUGCUCCUCGGGGGAGGGAGAGACGACGGCGAGGAAAGUUUGGUUUUGGCUUUUUUUUCCCCCCCCAGUGGUGUUUUUUUGGCGGGGCCGGCGGAGAGGGGGGAGACGCUUUUCGCAGCUUCUUCGCCUUUUGCUUCCUGGGGUUCGUGUUUCCCGGGCGGGCGGAGCCGCCYCCGGCACUGAGAAGAACGGGGGCUCAGCGCACCGCGGCAGCGCCUCGGCGGGUUUCGUUUUUGCACUGAAUGUAGCCAGGACGGAUCCUUGUGGGCUUUGGCAGCCCUUGGAAACUGUCAAAGGCAGUAUUUUGCAUUUCUGCAGAGCUUUGCACAGAUCCUGUUCCCAUGCAAACCGAUGAGGGAGAAAUACUGGAGGAAGGCAGUCCCAAGAUGGAACAUGAGGAUUUUGUAAUGGAGGGGCAUGGCAAGACUCCACCUCCUGGUGAAGAAAACAAACAAGAAAAGGAGCAAGAAAGGGAAGAACAGUUAAUGGAAGACAAGAAAAGGAAGAAGGAGGAUAAGAAAAAGAAGGACUCUGCUCAGAAGGUCACAGAUCAAAAAACCAAAGUGCCCGAAGUGACGAAACCAAGUUUAAGCCAACCAGUGGCUGCCAGCCCAAUUGGCAACUCUCCAUCGCCACCAGUCAAUGGUGGCAACAAUGCCAAAAGGGUGGCAGUGCCGAACGGACAACCGCCAAGCGCCGCCCGCUACAUGCCUCGGGAGGUGCCGCCGCGAUUCCGUUGCCAGCAGGACCACAAAGUGUUACUGAAACGUGGGCAGCCCCCUCCUCCAUCCUGUAUGCUCCUUGGGGGUGGAGCAGGGCCUCCCUCCCCAGCAGCACCAGGAGCAAACCCAAACAACGCACAAACAGUGACAGCACUGCUGCAGAGCGACAGUGGGACUGCAACAGAUUCAGCAAUUGGAGGUGCUGCUGCUUCAAAUUAUGCAAAUUCCACUUGGGGUCCUGGAGCCUCCUCCAACAGCGGCACCAACGCCAACCCAACUCACAUCUGGGACAAGGUGAUUGUAGACGGGUCUGACAUGGAAGAGUGGCCUUGUAUUGCCAGCAAAGAUGCUGAGUCUUCUUCCGAAAACACCACCGAUAACAACAGUGCCUCAAACCCUGGCUUGGAGAAGAAUGCUCUGCCAGGAAGCACCACUAGUAACAAAGGAAAAGGAAGCCAGUGCCAGUCCGGAAGCGCUGGAAACGAAUGUAAUCUUGGGGCCUGGAAAUCUGAUUCCAAGGCUAAAUCUGUUCAAUCUUCCAACCCUGCUGCCGAGAGUAACAAUGGACUAGGUAAUUGGAGGAACUUGAGUGGACAAGAUAGAAUCAGUCCUGGUUCUGGCUUCAGCAACUUUAACCCAAAUAGCAACCCAUCUGCUUGGCCAGCACUGGUUCAAGAGGGCAAUUCUAGGAAAGGGAGUCUGGAAUCUGAUAGUGGUAGCUCCAAUGCACAGAUUAGCACAGUAGGUCAGACCUCUAGGGAACAGCAGUCAAAGAUGGAAAAUGCGGGUGUUAAUUUUGUCUCUGGCAGAGAACAGGCUCAACUUCAUAACACUGAUGGACCAAAAAAUGGAAACACUAACUCCUUGAACUUAAGUUCACCAAACCCUAUGGAGAAUAAGGGAACGCCCUUUGAAAUGGGCUUGGGGAACCCUUCCAGGAGCACUGACAACCCUUCUCAAAGCACUGGAGAAAGAAAGACUGGGAGUGUUGGAUCUUGGAGUACAGCUAGGGGGUCUUCUGGAACUGACACAGUCUCUGGGCAGAGCAAUUCUGGAAACCAUGGGAACAAUGGAAAGGAUAGAGAGGACUCCUGGAAAGGAGCUUCUGUUCAAAAGCCUAAUGGGUCAAGAAGUGAUUCUUGGGAUAACAAUAACCGGUCUACGGGUGGUGGGUCUUGGAAUUUUGGCCCUCARCAUGCAAAUGAAAGCAAAUGGGGUGAAGGGAACAAAUUAACAUCUGGGGUCUCUCAGGGAGAAUGGAAACAGCUGUCUGGGUCUGAUGAACUGAAGAUUGGAGAGUGGAGUGGUCCAAACCAACCAAAUUCUAGCACUGGAGCAUGGGACAAUCAAAAAGGCCACCCUCUUCCUGAAAACCAAGGCAAUUCCCAGGCUCCCUGUUGGGGAAGAUCUUCCAGCUCUGCAGGAAGUGAGGUUGGAGGUCAAAGCACUGGAAGCAACCACAAAGCAGGAAGUAGUGACAGUCACAAUUCUGGACGCCGAUCGUACAGGCCUACACAUCCUGAUUGCCAGGCAGUCUUGCAGACUUUGCUGAGCAGGACUGACUUGGACCCCCGAGUGCUUUCAAACACCGGCUGGGGCCAGACUCAAAUUAAGCAAGAUACCGUAUGGGAUAUAGAAGAGAUGCCACGGCCCGAGGGGAAGUCUGAUAAAGGAACUGAGGGGUGGGAGAGCUCUGCCACACAGACAAAGAACUCAGGGGGCUGGGGCGAUGUACCCAGCCAAAGCAAUCAAAACAAGUCUGGAUGGGGUGAGCUCUCAACCCCAACGGAGUGGAAGGAUCCCAAAACUACUGGAGGAUGGAAUGAUUAUAAGAAUUCCAAUUCUUCUAAUUGGGGAGGAGGAAGGCAAGAAGAAAAAUCAUCUUCUUCUUGGAAUGACAGCUCUACUAAGGAGCAGGGGUGGGGUGGACGGCAAACUAAUCAAGGAUGGUCUUCUGGAAAGAACGGUUGGGGAGAGGAAGUUGACCAAACAAAAAACAGCAACUGGGAAAGUGCAGGAAAUAAGCCAGUGUCUGGUUGGGGUGAAGGUGGGCAGAAUGAGAUUGGAACUUGGGGUAAUGGUGCAAAUACAAGCUCUGCUUCAAAGGGUGGAUGGGAUGAUUGUAAAAGAACUUCAACGUGGAAUGAGACGGGUCGACAGCCCAACUCCUGGAACAAGCAGCAGCAACAGCASCAGCAGCAACAGCAGGAGUCUUCUGGUUCCUGGGGUCCACCGCCCCAAACUCCAGGUAAUGGGCGACCUCCAAACCCAAACUGGAACAGCGGACCACAGCCAGCUGCCCCCAAAGAGGAGGAGCCUAGUGGCUGGGAAGAACCUUCUCCACAGUCAAUCAGUCGAAAAAUGGACAUUGAUGAUGGCACUUCAGCAUGGGGAGAUCCUAGCAGUUACAACUACAAGAAUGUGAAUCUGUGGGACAAGAACUCACAAGGAGGACAGGCCCCACGGGAGCAGAGCCUGCCUACUCCGAUGACUAGCAAAUCACAAGCAUCAGUCUGGAGCAAAAGCACUCCACCUGCUCCAGAUAAUGGUACGUCCGCUUGGGGUGAGCCAAAUGAAACCAGUCCCGGGUGGGGUGAAGUAGAUGAUACAGGAGCAUCGACUACAGGCUGGGGGAAUGCACCUUCCAACGCCCCGAAUGCCAUGAAAUCUAGUUCUAAAUCUAUGCAAGAUGGCUGGGGAGAGAGUGAUGGGCCAGUGACAGGAACACGUCAUUCCAGCUGGGAAGAGGAGGAGGAGGGAGGAGUCUGGAACACAGCAGGCUCUCAGGGAAGCAAUUCCUCCCACAACUCAACAAGCUGGGGGCAAGGAGGAAAGAAAACACAAAUGAAGUGCGCAUUAAAAGGAGGAAAUAGUGAUUCGUGGAUGAACCCUUUAUCCAAACAGUUUUCAAAUAUGGGCUUGCUAAGUCAAACCGACGACAUUCCAGUCAGUAAGAUGGACUUGUCUGUAGGUGGUCUCCCAGAUAAGAAGUUUGAGGUAGAUAAACGAGCUAUGAAUCUCGGGGAUUUUAAUGACAUGAUGAGAAAGGAUCGAUCUGGGUUCCGUCCACCUAAUUCCAAAGACAUGGGAACCACAGAGAGUGGGCCUUAUUUUGARAAGGGUGGCAAUCAUGGUUUGUUUGGAAACAGCACAGCACAAUCGAGGGGCAUGCACACACCAGUGCAGCCACUAAAUCCUUCCCCCAAUAUCCGGGCUCAAGUGCCUCCCCAAUUCCUUUCUCCCCAGGUUUCGGCCUCCAUGCUCAAACAGUUUCCCAACAGUGGCUUGAAUCCUGGUCUUUUCAACAUGGGCCCCCAGCUUUCUCCACAACAGAUUGCCAUGCUGAGCCAGCUUCCACAGAUUCCCCAGUUUCAAUUAGCAUGUCAGCUCCUCCUUCAGCAGCAGCAGCAGCAACAGCUGUUACAGAGCCAGAGAAAGUUAUCUCAAGCUGUGCGACAACAGCAGGAGCAACAGAUUGCUCGUAUGGUGAGUGCCCUCCAGCAGCAGCAGCAGAGGCAGCCUGGCAUGAAGCAUUCACCAUCCCACCCUGUUGGGCCUAAGCCACAUUUGGACAGCAUGGUACCGAACCCUCUGAAUGUGGGUCUCUCAGAUUUACAGACCAAAGGGCAAAUACCUGGAUAUGGUUCAGGUGGCUUUGGCUCAAGUGGCAUGGAUUAUGGCAUGGUGGGAGGGAAAGAGGCUGGAACAGAAUCCCGCUUUAAGCAGUGGACUAUGAUGGAAGGGCUGCCCUCUGUGGCUUCACAAGAUGCCAAUAUGCACAAAAAUGGUGCAAUAGUGCCCCCUGGAAAGACUCGUGGAGGAUCGCCCUACAACCAGUUUGACAUUAUCCAGAGCGACCCACUCAGCAGCCAUGCAGGCCCUGCUGGUGAUAGUUGGUUACCUGCCAAAUCUCCACCAACAAACAAGAUCGGAAGUAAAUCCAGCAAUGCCAGCUGGCCUCCAGAGUUCCAACCAGGAGUGCCAUGGAAAGGUAUACAAAACAUUGACCCUGAAUCUGACCCCUAUGUGACCCCUGGAAGUGUGCUGGGGGGGACAGCCACAUCUCCCAUUGUAGAUACUGACCACCAACUUCUGCGGGACAACACCACAGGGUCUAAUUCUUCCCUCAACACCUCGCUGCCUUCACCUGGUGCCUGGCCCUACAGUGCCUCUGACAAUUCCUUCACCAACGUUCAUAGCACUUCAGCAAAAUUCAGUGAUUACAAAUCAACAUGGUCCCCAGAUCCCAUAGGACACAAUCCCACUCAUCUCUCCAACAAGAUGUGGAAAAACCAUAUUUCCUCAAGGAACACUACAGGGCUGCCCCGCCCACCUCCUGGCCUGACCAACCCCAAACCAUCAUCUCCAUGGAACAGCACAGCACCCCGAUCGGUCAGGGGCUGGGGGGCACAGGACUCAAGGCUUGGCUCUGCAUCUGCAUGGAGUGAUGGUGGCUCAGUUCGUCCUAGCUACUGGCUGGUUCUUCACAAUCUCACUCCACAGAUUGAUGGGUCAACCUUGAGGACGAUCUGCAUGCAGCAUGGCCCACUGCUGACAUUCCAUCUGAACCUGACCCAGGGCACCGCCCUCAUCCGAUAUAACACCAAACAGGAGGCGGCCAAGGCCCAGACUGCACUGCACAUGUGUGUGUUGGGAAACACUACCAUCCUGGCUGAGUUUGCCACAGAUGAGGAGGUUAGUCGCUUUUUGGCACAAGCUCAGCCCCCUACACCUGCAGCAACCCCGAGUGCACCCGCAGCAGGCUGGCAAUCCCUGGAGACAGGACAGAACCAGACAGAUCCAGUUGGACCUGCUUUGAAUCUCUUUGGUGGGUCAACAGGGCUUGGGCAGUGGAGCAGUGGUGGCGGCGGUGGCAGCAGUGGGGGUGAUCUCACUGGCGCUUCAUUGUGGGGACCCCCAAACUAUUCUUCAAGCUUGUGGGGGGUCCCAAGCGUAGAGGAUCCACACAGAAUGGGCAGCCCUGCUCCCUUACUACCUGGAGACCUUCUGGGAGGAGGGUCGGAUUCAAUCUGAACUUAGAACUUUCAACUCUGACCUCGUGACCUUUUUUGGAACAGCAGCAGCACUAACUUGACCUUUUCGUUUUUUUCAACUUGCAAUAAAUACAUUUAUAAAAGGAAAAAAGAAAACGGAGAAAGAAAAAAAGGUGGGUCAUUGACAGACUGUCUGAGCACAUAGUUGCCUCCCUUAUAUAACUUCAGUUUUUUCGUUUGGAAUAUGAAUCCAAAAAGAGAACAUAUCACUCUUGAAAUACUUGAAUCGUGAACGCCAACCUAGAAAGACAAUGUGAAGCAAGUACACAUACCAUUUAAAUUUAAACAGAAAAAAUUAAAAAAAUUAGUUUCUAGUUUUUCACUUUUUCAUGUUAUACGGAAGUUGUUGCUAAGAAACAUAUAUACUGAAAAAAUAGCUUUUUAACUUUGUUUGCACUGGGUGUGUUUCCGUCCUUAGGUCUACCAUGUUGGGUUGGGAUAGGGGAGGGGUUCAAAAGAAUAAGGGGAGGGAGGGGAAGACUUGACGGAGCCUCACUUAAAAAACAACAAAAAAAAAAAAGAAAAAAAAACUUAAAAAAAACCUUAAAAAUUAAAAACCCAUAAAAAAACCAAAACCUAAAAAACAAACAAAACAAAAAAACCAACACUUUGUGAUUGGCUGGUUGAUAAGUACCAGUGUGUUCUGGCACAUGUAACUGCCCACGUGUGCUUGUUUCUGUGUGGGUGCGUGUGCACAUGUUUGUGUGUGUGCAUUUUUUUCUCUCUAUAUAUAAUCUUGAAACGCUGCAUUGCUGAUGGUCUACAGGCUGGCUGGCCAUCUGCAUGUCUUGAUUCUGAAAGCAAGACAGGCAUGGUGGAGUCCCUGUGGCUGAAGCAGAAUCCAGUUGGGCUGGAUUAAAAUUURUCAGUAGGUUUUUAAAAAUUCAUUUUAGCAGGGUGCUGUCUGAAAUCUGCAGAUCAUACAGAGUGGAUAGUUGCUUCCUAGCCCUCAUUCUUAACCUGUGAUAGAGCAGAACACUGCCAUAUCCAAAGGAUUUGGUGAGAAGAGAGACAGUGCUGUCUUUUGAGUAACAGUGUCUUUAUUUAUGUCUGCAUGUGGAGUUUUCGUACUGAAUGAACCCUAGAGUGUUUGUUAUAUAAUGCAAGCCAUUUAUUUCUUCAAACAAGGGGAAAAGAGGAGGAAAGAAGACAUUGCCAUUAUUUGUGCAGCUAGACAAAUGUUCUUAUUCAGUCUCUUGCAAGCUUCAGUACCUUAAAGAAAAAACGUUUCUGUUCUCCCCCAAACCUAAAUAAGCACCCGUACUCAUUCUAGAGGAAUCCAUCAAAAACUUGAAAAUCCAGCCCAACCAAAUUAGCCUUUUAAUUGAUUUACUGCUUGUAUUAAAACUGACAAAAAGCUUAAUAGUGUCAGCAAAGUGCUGGCCGGCCUGCCUCAUCUCCUGAAAGCACAUGCAGCUAACUCCUUCCUGCGUCCUUCAUGGUGAGCGUUACCUGUGCCAGGCCUUGGUGCCAUUACAGCGCCAGACCAUCACUGACAGAAACGUUUACUUACGAAUGUUCUUAAACCAGUGUGUACUUCAAAGGUUUCCUUUUGUUUCUCUGUGUUGUGUCUUUUCCUGUGUACGUGGUUUUGCUUAGGGAGGUAUAUAACUAGCAAAGACUUUUUUUUAAAAAAAAGUAUUGCACCUUUUUAUUUUUUGUUUUUACUUUUUUUUCUGUACUGUUGCUUUUUAAUUUCUGUAUUUAAGGAAAGGUUUGGGGUUUUUUAGCAUCAGUGUAGUAGUACUCUGGGCAGGAUAGGGGUGACCUGUAAUCCACAGUGAUAGCCAGUGUGUGCGUGCCUGUGUGCACUGGGAACCAAACUUUUAAGACCUGUUGUUAUGAAAAGAGUUGUAGCAGACUUGAAGCAACAUCCCUUAACACAAAGCAUGGAGUYUUUUGUGGGAGUGAGGCCGGGGGAAGAGGGAGGAGAGAUGCCGGUACUUUUUCCAUGAGUGCUAGGACUUCCAUGCAGCGUUGUCCAGCUGUUAUACUGUCUAACCAAGUGCCGACAUUCUGUACCAGCACAUAUCUGUCCAUUCCAGCCCUCAGAGGGAGCAGUGCUUUAUCACCUGGCAGAGGGGGGCAGAUAGGGAAGUCUGUUUCUUCAGCAUUUUCAUUGAAGAAUACRACCAUGUCCAAAACAUUUAACUCAUGGGUUUGGUGGGGGGAAGCAAAAACAGAUGCAAGUAAUAGCAGGGAGGUGUGUGCGCGUGUGUGUGCCUGUGUGCUGCGUGGGGAGGGAAGGGCUAGGGAAUACCAUGGCUCUUCUAUUUAAUUCACCCUUUCUGUGUAAACCCAAUGUCACAAGGAAGACUGACUGAUGGAAAUGCUGCAUUUACACAUGCCUGUAGAUUGCAUACACCUUGUAUGCAAAGCGUUAUGUGUAAAAAAGUAUGAAUAGAUUCGUAUUUGUUUAGUAAAUUGGUGUGUGCAGCAUACUCUGGCCCCUUCGGAAUAUAUUUUCCUAUCAUAUCUCCUCCAUCUAUCCCACCAUGCACAAAGAAACAAAAUGCUCUCUUUCAGUUCUUGCUAGCUGGCUAGUGCCYGUCAUGUGCAGGUGUCUGUACGGCUUUGUUUCUCCUCAAAGACCAAGCGCACUCAGACAUGCAGAGCAGGUUCUUAAAAGUCCUGUGCCAGCAGUACUUCCUAGUGAAGCACCUUUGGCCUGAGCAAGCCAGUAUCUGGUCUGUCACAUGAUUUGUUAUACAUGCUGGUUCAUUGCUGUGUUCCACCUUCACUUCUCUCUCCCAGCCUGCCCUAAGGUUCCUUUUCCUGCACUUUGGGCAAGUUGAGUUCAUUGCGAUACUACGGUGAAAGCCGGGUGCUAGAGCCCCUCUUGUUUACAAGACAUAAUGAGGGAUUUGAAAUAUUUAAAAAGAAAAGCUAAAUUGUUCUUCCAUUGUAAGCUUAAAGGGAAAAAAAAAUUAAAACGUAAAAAAAAAAAAAAAAAAAAAAAAAAAAAAAAAAAAAAAAAAAAAAAAAAAAAAAAAAAGACCAAAAAGUGCAUAUAUAUAUUUUAGAUGAAGACUAACUCUGGGAGCAUUUAACAGUGUUUUUGUUUUUAUUUUAACAUUUUAUUUUCCUGCUUUAAAUUUGCAAGCAUUCUCAGGAAUUCUAGGGUAGGAAGCCAGUUUUUUGAAGAUGGUUUAUUUAACCUUAUCUUAUCCUAGAUAGAUGGCUGUUUCUUGUUGAUAAACUUUUACAAGUUCCUGAAUCUUCAAAAUGUUUGAAAGUUUUUACUUUAAAAUAAAAAUGCUAAAAAAAAAAAAAAUUAAAAAAAUCUCCAAAUGUUACUGUCAAGCAAGGGAUCAAGAGUUUUAAAGACUUUCUAAAUUAAGAUACMUAAAGAAAACUUGUCAAUAUCAGCAACAGGAAUUCAUUGCAAUCUUAAAUAAGUUGUGGAAGAAGGGUUAUCAUUUAUAGUGCUUUGUUACUCAUGCAGAUAUGUGUAGUUGCAUGGAGAAGAGCAGUGUGUGAAUGGAAAUCCACUAUUCCCUCUCAAUUGAAACUAAACAAAAAUAUUCUUCCAAGCACCUUUUUUAAAGCAGAGUGAAAGUAUAAACCUUAUUAAAAUGCAAAAAAAGUAGAGCUUAACUGAAAGAAUCCUCGAUUAGGAGGACUAGCAGGAAAUACAUGAUGGUGCUUUUUUGARCCACUUCUAAGCAGUGCUAAAGAAAACCAGUGCUGACAGAAUACUCAGUAAUGAAGUAAUUUUAUUAAUCUGCCUUUUUCAGUACAGAAAAAAAGAAUAUGGAAAAAUUUGAUGAAAAUAUACAUUGGAAAUCAACUUUUCUGUCUUCAGCUAUUUGGUCAGUUUAAUUCCCCACUUGGAGAUUUGCUGCUUGCUAUUCUUCAUCCUCCCCACCUCCCAGUCCUUCUGUUUCAUUUUAUAUGAGGGAAAUAGCUGUUAAACUCCUCUGUUCACCCUGUUGCUGUUGGCUGUCAGGGCUUACAGUCUUGACCUUCAGAGUUCGGUGUUGGGAUGGCCAACUUCAGCCUCCCAGCUCUAAGGGUCAGGGGCUUACUCCACCUGAAACAGCUCGGCUCAAACCACAAAAACCACACUAGUGCCUUGUUACAUGCACCCGCAUGCCCUACAGUAGGUGAGGGGAGGGAAGACGAGGCAAAGUGAGGCAGCAUAGCCACUUCAUGGAAAUAGAUAUACCCAUUCUUAAGGGAAAAAGAGCAUGCCGCAUAAACAAGUCGUGCAAUGAAUUACUUAAUGGUAGUUGAGAUAAGUUAUUAUUAUUAAAAGAAGAAAUCAGAUGCCAAAUUGUCUUUCUUAUAGCAGUUGCCCAGUGUUCUCAUGUUGUGCUGUGUGUGCAUGUGAGUCUGUUGACAAUAAUGCAUCAGUAGUAAUAAUAAUGUGCUUUAAAAAUCCUGUCAUGGGCCAGUAGAAGGAGGGUUUACUUAGAAAGUUUAGGGUUUUGUUUUGUUUUGUUCUAAUGAGGGAUUUUAAGUGCUUUGUCAGAAGCUGUGUUUAUCAGAUCAGCAGUGUCCUAAAAGAGAGGAAACCGUAGCAUUUAGUCAAAAAAAGCCAACAGACUUGACAUUCACUUGGAAGUGGACUGUGACUGACUGCUGAAGGGUUGACAGUCUUAAGUUUCAGCAGUCUGCUGGGUCCAAACCUAUAGUAGUACAACAGUCUGCUCCUCAUUUCCUCAGUGUGCAUCCUGUAAGUGUUAGUGACUGUCUCCUCAGUGACAGUUUCCCUGCUUUGUCAAAGUAAUAUUAAUCUAUUUUUUCCAGCUGCAGUUGACAGAUCUUUAUGGCUUAGUCAUCGCACUUCUAACCAUUGCAAGUGGUGUCUGAGCAUUGUGCUCGCCAGACUCAACUGCUGGGGACAACCAUUGCUUAAUGUUGUAAAAAUCCUGCUACCAUUUGAGCUCCUAAUAGCAAAAAGUCAGCAGGAGUUGCUGUUAGGGUACUUCUGGGCUUUUACAAAAYGGUUGCAGGGAGGGAGUCCAUGGCAGCAUCUUUUUUAAACAUGUUGGCACGGUCAGGAGAAGAGGCUGGGGAAAGCCCAGUUUAGAGCAGACUAUGAGCAUCUUUCCAGAUAAAAAUCCACCUACUUUGCCUACCCUACCUUGCAAUGUCUAUCAAGCUUAGAAUUUUUUAUCUGUUUGAUAAUUCUUUGCUCAAUUUGAGGAUUUCAUCUUAGCAGUGACAGUUCAGAAACCUGUGUUUAGACUUACAACAUUUACUUUGAAAUACUUGCCAUCUUUUCCCAGUUUUCUUCCUAAAAACGCUGCCACAUCUUCCACUGUGUCCUAAUAGUGAAUCCAAAUAGUGUACUGUAGGUUUUUGGGGGGAGGUUUUGGUUAGGUUGGGGGUUUUGCUUCGUUCCUUAUUAUGUUUAACUCAACUUUCUGAUUUUGUUUGUGCAUAUUUUUUUCCUGUUGACUUCAAGAGGAGCACUGUUUGUGUAUCUGAGGUACCCAAAUUUGACCAAGCUUGGUCAAGGAAAUCAGCUGGAUCAGGGUCAGCAUAGCAGAUGAGGACCUGCUGUAUUUCCAGUGAGUGUUGCAUAUAUCACCUUCACUGUAAAUCAUGUGAUCUUAGUAUCCAGGUUCUCAAGUGGAUUGAAAUGCAGGUUUUGUGGAGGCUAGUUAACAUCUCAGGGUAAAUAGUCCUGACUGAGUAGAAGGUAGGGGUUUUUUUAUAAAGAUGUAAGGUUCCCUUAACAGAAGCAGCUUUCUUAAUUGUAAAUAUGCAUGCAUGCUUUGUGGGCAGGAAAGUAAUACCAAGGCAACUAUGUUGAAAUUAAUUAAAAAAAAAUCCAAUAAACAAAUGCUGUUGAAGUGCAACUUUGGUCCUGAAUCUGAAGCAACAUGUACAGAAUCUGUUGGUUUGUCUAAAUUGAUUUUGCAUACAAUAGCAUUUCAGUUCUGAAACUUAUUUGCCACUGUUUUGCAGUUUUAGGAACUGAUAGUGUUAGAUCGUAAUCAGUCAUUCCCACUGUGAUCAAAGUACAGAUAUCUAAAACCCAAACUCUUUCUUUCCUUUUACCUCCAGUACUAGGCUUCCACCUAUGGCAGGAGGAUGUUAACAGUAAUAGGGAGAAAUAUGUGAAAUUUCCCAAUGUAGACAGAGCUGGUACUCCCKGUGGACCUCAAUUCACAUCCAAACCUAAAUCACAAAGCAACAGUUAGGUUGUAGCAGAACUAUUGGUUGGACUAAACGACAGGAGCCAAACUGGAGAUUUUUAGCAGCCUUACUGGUUCAUAUCCUUCACAAUGUUUUGCAUAAGUGUCCCAUUACUGUAAAUAUUGGUGUUGCUGAAUUUUACCAAAGUUCCCCUGCAGUAGAUAAUAGGAAACAGGUCCAUUUUGUAGUGACCCACCAGCCAGAGUUUUGCCUACAGUAGAUUUUAAGGGUCUGUCUACGUUGCUGUUAAAAUUGAGUCUGGGUCCUGUUUAAAAUUACAGCUCUCUAUCUUGUGGUGUUACGUGACUUUCAGCUUCGUUGUGUAGUAACUGUAGCUUCUGAUUCUUGUAUGAAAAGUGAUUUAAGGUUUCAUCUGUGCUACAAAAAGCGCUACAGCUCCUGGUGGGUUGGAGCCUACUUUUAAAACUUGCCAGGSCACUGUAGAUGCAGUUUCAUCUGUAGCAGGCAGCAGACAACAUCUGUUACAGUUUGCCUGUGUGUUACUUUUCAUUGAGCUAUGCAGGAAAGCUUUUCUSUAGAAGUCUCCCAGAGUCCUUGCAAGCUUCUAGCAAAUCAAGUGCCCUCUGCAAAAGAGCCGUUUUUGCCCUGUAUGUGUGACAGUUGGGACUGGUGACAUUCAGCAGUAUUAGGGUUCCUGUUAACUUUGUAGAGAGAAAGGGAGUUUGACUUGACUCUGACAGCCCUUCUGUAAAGUAAUACAGAGUACUCCAGGGAAAAAGAACAACAAAAAAAGGGAAGAAUGCCUUGUGCCAGCCAGCGUUAAGUAUUUAAGUAUUUUUAGCAGCAAACAUGCUUGACUGUGGUGGGCAGAGGGGAAGAGACUGGAGAAUUUUGCAUGAAUGCGCAAAGGAGGCUGUGUUUGGCAAGAAAUGUUUCCUUGAGCACUAAAUGCCUCUUCUUGGCUGUUGGUGUGUUUUGUUACGUUCUCAGAACUAACUUCCUCAUUUUUUCAAUGUUUGUUUUUAUUAAUUGAGAUGAAGUGGAAGCUCCUCCUGUUUCAGAUGAGACACAACCAACCAUAAGUGAUCAUUUUCUUCAUCAUUUACUGUUGAGCAGGUUGCACAGCUUGUUAGAAUAGCUAUUUUAGUGACAUGGUUAUGAUAUUAUGUGCUUUCUUUCCCCUCCCUCUCCUUGCCAGAUAUGGCUUACCCUUUCUAUAUAAGGCGCUGUGUGGGUUUUUUUGUUUUGUUUUGGGAACAUGUGAAGAAGAAGCAAAAUGAAGCAAAAAUGCAAGCCAAGGUAAACAGCCUUACUUUAGAGGGUAGCCUUACAACAGAGCUUUAUAGUGAGUGUGCUGUAUUCCAAAAUAUGUAAGCCAAAAACAAACAAAAAAAAAGCAUUCAUUUAUGCAAAAAAAUUUAAAAGAGGUGUUAGAAGACUUCUUUAAUAUGUACCUUCUAAAGGUGGAGUAAGGUCUCACCAAGUGAUACAUUAUUGUGAUACUUCUUGCUGGGUCAGUUGGAAUGGGUUGGGGUAUAAGCGCUUAACAUUUCCUCCUAUGUUUUUACAAGCAGUAAGUUAAAUGUGGUAUUUAUGAAUGUGCCUUUGUGAGUAUAGUGACUGUCUAAUUGAGGAGACCGCUUGGGCUGGAGGGGAGACAAUGGUCAAUUUAUUCUCUCAAGAGGUCAGACAUUGAAAUGGCAGCCCACUGGUCCCUUUUUGACAAGCAGCAUCUUUGGCUGGUCUCUACACUGCACAAUACGUAUUCAUAUGUGGUAGAGAUUGGGGUGGGGGGUGCAAAGGGAUGUCAUGUGAUGCACAGAAGCUGUUGAUAGUUUUAGGCUAGUCUGCCACUGCAGGUUGAGUUUGUGUAUGUAAUAUGUGGCUUCUCUUUCUGUUUGUGUGCAUGAGUGUGAGUGCGUGUGGCUUUGGUUUUUUAUAAGCACUGGAGAAUUGAAACACAAUGAUGUUUGAGACAAAUUUAUACAUGUAGAGAAGAUGAUGUUUUGUAGCUUCUGUUAAAUAGUGGGUGCAGGCACACUUUUACCCUCUCUGCCCGUGUCCUAAUAAGCAAAACAGAAAUUUUUUUUCAACCCUUCAACUUCCAGCACACUUAAUGUUGCCAUUUAAAUAAGCAGGGUAUUACACAAGAAGUAAAAAAGAGUUUUUGAAAUGGUGAGGUAGAAGUGUUUAAAAAGAAAAAAUCUGAAGUAAUUUUUUGUUUCUUCAAAACUGUUUGUAGCUAAACAUGGGAAUCUGCAGUGUCUCCUUCCAUUUGUUUUUUUUUUUCCUAAUAAUUCACCUCUUUGUCCCACCCAAAAUAUGAGGUGUACAAGAUCAAGAGCUGUUGUUGUAGCGCUUUGUAAUUCCCACCCUGAAAAGAAACUCCAGUGGGAUCCCUCAGCUCUAUUCAGGAAGACAAAGAGAGGAGAGACUCUGCAGUUUUCUUUGCUUCGCUCUCAUUCCUCUCUAAUGGCCUUGAAAUGUAUUAUUAUGCAAAUGUGAAUUUUGAUACUGAACUUAAGAAGAGGUUGUUUGUUCUUUUUUCAAAAAAAAAAAAAAAAAGGUCCCAUAUGUGGUCAGCAUUGCUUCUUUAUUUUGUAAGUGAAUUGUAAACUAUGCAUUCUGCAAAGGGGGUGUAGGGGACAAAGAUACUUUGGUAAACUGUUCAGGAGUUUCUGUGUCCAUGGCAUACCUAAUAUAGUUUGGGGAAGUAGGGAAGUGAUAACUUUGAAAUAAGGAAUCGAUAAGAACCUUUCUUUUGUCAGAAGCUGGCCAGUAGAUAACUGGGCAGAGAUUUGAAUAACUGAUGUUGGCUGCAAAACAAAAUCAGCUCUCAGCCUUGCACAAGGCUGUGAAUUCAGCCACACAGUGUUAACGUGGGGCCAAAAGUGUGAAUGGGACACCAGAUCUAACUGGGGAGCUAUCUACCACCUCYUGUGCUCUGGCCCUUGUUAAGCUCAGGAAACCCACUGCCACAGGCACUGGGGUUUUUUGGAUUUACUACUCAUUUCAGCAAUCGUUAUGCUCUUCCAGGAGAAUUGGAACAUGGCUGGUCCUGGAUAUCUUCCUUAUCCUUAAAAUUUUCAUUGCUGCUAUUUCUGGCACAGGUCAUACAGUGACAACACAGCUGUGGGCAAGAUGGUGGAGAUGGUACUUACUUUCUAGUGCUGAUCAAAGCCCAGCUAUGAGCUCUGUGUUUUUACAACAUCAGCAGCUACCAGUGUUUUGUUGUCUGGUGUUGCUGCCAGUGAUUUAUCACUGAUGUUGUCAGUGUGUGAAAUGUUAGGGAAAAGAGACUGAUAUGUAGGCCAGGUCCUCUCAAUUUAAAAGAAACUAUCCUAUUUUUAUUGUAAGAUGAUAUCAUAGUAGUCAUUAAAAAGUAUUUACUUCCUCACAUCUCCAAAAUGCAGUCAUUGUGAAUUAUGUGCAUUCCUUGAAGCUUGCUGAGCUUCCAGGAAGAGUCUCCUUCAGAAAAAAUAUAGAUCUCAUUGCUCUCUCUCAUUCUAAUAGGGACCUUU